CAGCGGAUCACCGAUCAACAGAAAGAGCUGAAGAUGUUGGCUCGGUCAUGUGAUCAGCUGUGUCCAAUCACAGCUGAUCACAUGAGGGGACAUGUACACUGAUCAUUAGAGCACUGAUGAUCAGUGUGCCCUGAUGAUCUGUGUAGCCCCGGCAGAGCCACCUGUCCGUGUCCAUCAGUGCCAGCUGUCAGUGCUCAUCCAUGCCACCUGCCAGUGCCCAUCAGUGCCACAUCAAUGCCACAUUUCAGUGCCUGCCAGCGCACAUCAAUGCCACAUAUCCGUGCCCAUCUGAGCUGCCUUUCAGUGCCACCAAUCAAUGCCAGUCAGUGCCGCCUAUCAGUGCCCACCAGUGGUGCCUAACAGUGCCAGUCAGUGCCACCUUAUCAGUGCCAUAUAUGAGUGCUGCCUUUCAGUGCCCAUCAGUGAUGCCUGUCAAUGCCCAUCAGUGCCAACUACCAGUGCCGUCUAUCAGU